AUGGGUGACGAUCAUUACGAAGAAAAACCAUCAACACAAGGAAUUAAGCGUUCGCAGGACGGAAACGAUGGCCCCGUUAACAAACGUGCCCAUUUUGGAGAUGAAGAAGGCGGUGGUGACCAUUUAGCUAUCAAAAUUCUUAUUCCUUCAAUUGCUGUCGGAGCAAUUAUUGGAAAAGGAGGAGAAGCAAUGCGCAAUUUGAAGAGCGACCAUAAUUGCAAAGUGCAAAUGUCCAAGAAUAAUGAAACCUAUCCGGGAACCAGCGAAAGAAUUUGUUUGAUGAAAGGAAGAAUGAACAAUAUUUUAGCUGUGAUUGAUAGCAUCCAAGAAAAGAUUCGCGAGAAAUGUGCCGAUCAAAAUGCAAACGACGCUUUCGAUCAUAAGAACACCCCAAGAGGGCAUGAAAUUAAAAUUGUCAUGCCGAACACUUCUGCCGGAAUGGUCAUUGGAAAGUCCGGAGCCAACAUCAAGGAUAUUAGAGAGCAGUUUGGCUGCCAAAUCCAAGUAUAUCCAAAAGCUGGAUCAAAUGAGGCGAAAACCUCACAAGAGCGCGUCGUCACGAUUGCACACGAGGAGGGAGGAAAUCUCUCCAAGGCAAUAAGCCGUGUUCUUGAGAAAGUUGCUGCUGAUCCACAUCACGGAAGCGAAAUUAACAAAGAAGAUUUUGGAAAAUCUUCGUACCAAUCUGGAGGAAACAAUCACACUCAGUCAAGCACCAACAUUGCCUACAAUCCAUCUCCGGCUUUUAAUCAGUCGAACAUGAAUGUUGCUCCUUCUGGAUUCGGACAGGCGUCGGCCCCAUACAAUCAGCCGCAGUUCGCUAAUCAGCAAUUCGGAAAUGGUGGCGCUGUAAAAUAUCCAAUGAGUGGACUUGGCAACAAUGAACUUCUGGCUUUCCUCGACAACCUUCAAUCCACCCUCAGAACUUCUGGAUUUAAUGAAUCAAGCGUUUCGGAAGUUAUGCAGGCUAUGCAGGUUCUUGCUAAAUACAAUAUCAUGGGAUUGGGACUUGGACUCGGUGUUGCCGCGAUGGCACAAUUGAGAAGCGCUCCAGAGGCGCAAAUGCCGGCUAACCAUGGUGCGGCCGGUUUUGGUGAUGGAUAUAAUCCAGCGGCUCAGAACCCUGCUGCCGAUCAGAUCGAUAAUUUAAAUUUCGAAAGCACAGCUAACAUUCCUAACAUAAUUCUAAUCAUUAAAGCAUAUUUGAAUCUAAGGAAGGUUUUCUUUUAA